AUGUACGGCUAUCAACAAUCGCCUGCAGGAAAUGGCUAUCAACCGCAUCCUAUGAAUAUGAUGCUGCAAUCUUCUGGACCCGGACAAGGAUACAGCAUGCAGUCUCAAUAUCCUAUGAAUGGGCAACCAGGACGGCCACAAACGCAUGCUUAUGUGCCGUCUCACGGAGCGUCAGUCAUGGGACAAGUCAUGCAACAACCACAAUAUGCCAUGCCUCAUGCACAGUAUCAACCGCAGCCACUUUCAUAUCAAAGUCAUCAGCAAAACCCCCAAUCAAUGUCUCAGAUUCUGGUUAAUCAACAACAUCAACCCCGACAGCGUCCAUCGCAACAAUACAUGCAACCGCAGCCUGUACAAGCAUAUCAAAUGGACGGUGCUCCGGGAUAUUCCCCUCCCAGAAUGCGUCCGCCGCAAACACAUCAAGGCCAGAAUGUACCGUCAAGUCAGCAACGACCACGCCAACCAUCAAAUUCUGACUAUGCUCCGGUUGAGAAUGCUCCGCAAGUGCGAUCGAUGUCCAACGCUCCUUCCAGACAGCAACACCAAUCGCAGCAACAAUCUCGGGAACAACACGCUAGCUCAUCUUCACAGUCUCAUCCCCUGCCUAUGCCAUCACCAACGCCGGCGCAAGGCAUGACACCUCGCCAGCCUCAACCUCAGCCUCAGGCUAGAGCAACUCCUCAGGCACAUAAGCACGCCAUGUCUCCACCACAACCACGACCCAGGCAGCCAUCUAGUUCUCAAUCUCAAAUAGUAUCGCAACCGCGUCCGGCCUCUCAAAUGCGUACUCCGCAAGUGGUGAUAGAGCCGAGACGGCCCUCAUCACAGAAUCCCGCUACCCCGGUGCCGUCGAGGACGCCAGUAUUGUCGACACCUAUACCUUCAAAGACACCUGUACCCAACCUUAAGGAGUCGGCUAUAGACUUGCAGCCCGUACUUCUAGGUUUGGCUGAUCAGUACAUCAGCAGAGCCCAUGGCAUGUCUUCAUAUCUAGCGCGGAAUCCCCAAGAAGCCGACGUCGAUCAAUACUACAGCCUUAUAUCCGCUGGUCUUGGAUGCUUGGAGUCGGUGUUGAAGAACUGGAAGUUCUCUGAACCCAAGAUUGAAGCGCGAUUGCAACUGCGAUACGCAAACCUGCUACUCGAAGAGACGGAGAAUGACGGAGAGCUGCAAGAUUUGCUCACCAGGGGUAUUGCAUUGUGCGAGCGAAACCGCCUUGUCGAUUUGAAAUACAGCAUGAAGCAUGUACAGGCUCGAUCACUGUUUCGCACCCACCCUCGGUCAGCUUUCAAGAUGAUGGAUCAGAUGAUUGAACUUACCGAGACAUAUGCUCAUUAUCCCUGGAUGUAUGUCUAUCGAUUCCUGAAGGUCUCUUUCUCGUUGCAGAUGUCCCGGCCGGACUUGAACGCGGCUCUGCAGCAGCUACGUCGGAUCUCUCAGCUGGCGGAGAAGCAAAGACAACAUCCUAUACUCGCCACAUGUUCAGCUCUAGAGGCGUUGGUUCACCUGAGAAGUGAUCAGGCAGAUUCGGCGGAUAACUUCCAGAGAUCGCUUGCGGCAGCUCGUACUCACCAACUUAACCGUGAUGUCGCUGAUAUUUCUCAGAUCGCUGCCCUGCUAGACUGCCUGGAUCUGUGUAGUGAUCUCAUGAACGGAAAGCCUGAGCAACUCAUGGAGAAGAUGAACGUUAUGCAGAAAGCCUUGGAUGGCGGCAAGAGGAAGACCGCUCAUGACGGAUCCUUCUACGUACCGACUACAGAGAACGCACCCGAGGACGUGUCACUCGACACAUGCGGCAUCAUGGAGAGGACGACCGAAGGAAAGCGUGCGAUUGUGUUUCAGUGGCUGCGCAGGAGUGAAGUGUUUGCACUCGGUUACAUCUUCAGCAGUCUGGCCAGCGUUAGUAAGAACAUCGUCGACCACAAGGCUGAAAAGUAUGUGAUUGAGGGCGGCAAACUCACGCAAAACGACUACAACCCAGAGAAUGAGCGUAAGGUGCAGUCACUUCAGUGCACAUCGGCGCAACUGGACCGACGCAUGUUCUAUCAUAAAGUGUGUCUCCAGUUGCUCGCGUCAUUCAGGUGUGAAAGAGCCGACUGGAAAGGAGCACAGGAAGUUCUGGAACAAUUGACAGAAGGUUUGAAGCCAGAGAGUGUCGACGACCAGGACUUUGUGCAGGUGUCAUCACUCUAUAUGACAGGCCUCGUGAAACAAGCGACCGGAGAUCUGGAAGGUGCUUUACAGUGCUACAAGAGCCCUGCACUAGCGCUACAAGCUGGACAGAAGACAAGCACUAAUCAAGAUCUACGGAUUCUGUCAACACUCAAUAUGAUCCUGAUCCUCAGGCCACGAAGGGAACUACGGGAACAAGUCAACCAUCUCAUGGAUAUCGUGGAACCGCUAUGCUUGAAGCAUGCAAACGAAAACUACAAGGUCGCCCUAUACAUUGUCAGAGCAUCGUCGACCAGCGCGUUGCCCAUUCUCAAGAUGAAGAACUAUCUGUCCAUGUCAGCCAGUAUUGCAAAGAAGCAGCAGAACAUACAGAUGCUCUGCAUGGCAAUCAACCUCAUGACAACCAAUUUCUUCGAGAAUAUCAUGGGAGAAAAGGCGGAAAUGUCGGCAGGAGCAGGCAAGAAGCUGGCAGACAGGACGCAGUCGCCACUGUGGCAAGCCGUGUCCAGUCAGAUGCUGUCCAAUACAUACAGCUUUGGCGGCAAGAGGGCAGAGGCUGUUGAAGCUGGGGCAGAGGCACAGAAAUGGAUGCAGGUGCUGCCCGAGAGUGUACAAGACAAGUUCGAGGUGAAGAGGUGA